AUGUCAGAACCGAAGAAAGAAUCAAAAGACGAGACGAAGGCUCUCCCCACAAGCAAGGCCGCAGAAGCAAAAACUCCGCCAUCAACCAAGCAAGCAUCUCCAAAAGACAACCCUACUACACAACAACAGAGCAAAGUCCCAGCACAGCAGCGCACCUCCGAAGCCACAACUACCAGAGAACAAGGCCAACCCGAGUACGUCGACUUGGCCGAUGCACCAGCUCCAUUCGAGGAUGUGGACCUAAGUGACCCGCCACCUGAUGAGCCUUCGUUCGAGAUGGUGGAGCAUAGAGAUGCUCCUCACUCGUCGUACAACUCGCAUCAAGAUCAUAAGUGGAAGUACCCGGAGGGCUUUGGGAAGGGUGAGAAGAAGGGUGGAGGAGAUAAUAAGGAGGCGAAGUGA